GUGUGGUGCUCGGCUGCGGACGGGGCGCAGGCUCUUCUCUCAUCCCAGAAGUUUUGGUCCAGGCUCCCGGGGCCCCGCUCUCCGGACACACCGAGGGGCCACACUGCUCAGGCCGGACACCAGGCGCCGUACUCCCCGCAGAGCCCUCCUCACCAUCCUCCCGCUCCGGCUCCUUUGUCUCCCGCACCCGGAUCAGGUUUCCCCCGGCUCCCCCCUCUCUGGGGCCCCGGAGCGGUGUGUGCAGGCUCCGGCUCUCAUUACUUUGGGACCCCCAGAGAUAUACCUGCAGGAUCCUUACAACUGGCCCCGUGGUCCCCCUGUGCUCUGGAGCCCCCUCCCCCCAGCUGAGAGCUUUGGGGGCCCCCAGGAUCUCCUGACCACCGGGGCCCCCUACCCCCGAAUACAGGGGCUGUGCCCGGACCGGGGCCCUCCCGGAGCCCAUGGAUCCCCGGAUAUUACUGCUGCUGCUCUGGACCCCGGCGGCCCUGGCUGUGGAAGUCAUUCUCAUGCACACUAAAGUGGAGACCUCCGACCUCCGCUGGACGACGUAUCCCCAAGUGGACGGCCAGUGGGAUGAAACCUCAGGCCUAGAUGAAGAUCAGACCACGGUACGCACGUAUGAGAUCUGUAACCCCCAACUUCCUGACCAGAAUAACUGGCUGCGCACCAGCUACAUCCCCCGAGGACCGGCCCACCACAUCUAUGUGGAGAUCACGUUCACCAUGAUGGAAUGCGCUUCAAUCACCCGCGCUGGCCGAUCCUGUAAGGAGACCUUUAACCUCUACUACUAUCCAGCCAACUCUGACAUCGCCAAUGACCAUUUCCCAAAAUGGAUGGAAAACCCUUGGAUUAAAAUGGACACAGUGGCGGCUGAUUUUCUGGCGCGACCGAGUGGCCGUGGGAGCGGAGCCACCAUGCGUUCUAAUGUAAAGACUGUGCGUCUGGGUCCUCUGAAAGAGAAGGGAUUCUACUUGGCGUUCCUAGAUCAAGGGGCAUGCAUGGCGUUGCUCGCUGUCCGGGUGUUCUACCGCCUGUGCCCAUCAGUGGUGGCUUCACUGGCCAGUUUUCCACAGACGGUACCUGUAGGGCUGGUGGUAUCUGCAGAGGGCACCUGUGUGGAUGGAGCGGAGUGCUCUCUUGGAAGGCGCCCAAUCAUGUACUGCCGGGAAGAUGGAGAGUGGGCCAAACCCGCAGCAGGCGAGUGUGUCUGUGUGGCCGGAAGGGAAGAGAAAGAUGGUCGUACCAAGUGCUCAGCAUGCUCUCCUGGAUACUUUAAGCCGGAUGUCGGAGACUUACCGUGCCAGAUAUGUCCUCAGAACAGCCUCUCUACCACUGCCGGAGCAACCGUGUGCAACUGCAAAGCGGGGUAUUACCGCUCUCCCGGGGACCCAGUGACUGCACCCUGUACCAAGCCUCCAUCUUCCCCUCGUAGCAUUGUCUCCAGUGUGAAUGGAUCCACCGUUGAUCUGGACUGGAGCGAGCCCCUUGACGCUGGUGGUCGCUCGGACUUGUACUAUGAGGUGCAGUGUUUGGAGUGCGCUGUAGGUGGGGGCUGGGUCCCUUGCACCCGUCUCUCCUUCACACCGAGGCCUCAGAAACUAACAGAACGUAAACUGAGUGUGUCUGGUCUCCGCCCACAAGUCAUCUACAACUUCCGGGUCCUGGCUUUGAAUGGCGUGUCGGAACAUAGCGGUGGGACGGCGAUGGGAGAAGAGCUGAAUGUCACCAUCGACCGUGACCUUCCUCACGCAGUGACUGGUAUUCAGCAAAUGGCCACCUCAGCAUCUACCUUGUCCUUGAGGUGGAACCUGCCGGCCCCCUCACAGUCUCAGAACAGGGGGAACAUUCUGGAUUAUGAAGUCAAGUACUAUGAGAAGGAUCAGGAUAAGCCGCUCUACAUGUUCCUGAAGACACCGGGCAAUGAGGCCAAGCUGGUGGGACUGCGGUCAGGGACCAUGUACAUUGUGCAGGUGCGAGCUCGGACGGAGGCCGGAUAUGGGGCAUUCAGUGGAGACAGCAUCUUCCAGACCUUACCCCUAGGUGCAUUUCUUCUUCCAGACCCAGAGAAGGCUCAACCACAAGUGGAGCUCAUUGCGGGGACGGUUGGGGUUGGGACACUUCUGAUUCUCAUCGUCAUCAUCAUUGCAGUAGUGUGUGUGAGGAGACAUGGGAGUAACAAAGAGCCGGAGUAUUCGGAUAAGCCGGGCCAGUACCUGAUUGGGCACAAUACCAAGUUGUACAUCGAUCCGUUCACCUAUGAAGAUCCCAAUGAAGCUGUGAGAGAAUUCGCUAAGGAGAUUGAUGUUUCCUAUGUGAAGAUCGAGGAGGUCAUAGGUGCUGGAGAGUUUGGAGAGGUCUGUCGGGGGCGUCUGAAGGUCCCAGGAAAGAAGGAAAACUAUGUGGCAAUCAAAACUCUGAAGGGUGGCUACACAGAGCGCCAACGCCGGGAGUUUCUAAGCGAAGCCAGCAUCAUGGGACAAUUCCAACAUCCCAACAUCAUCCACCUAGAAGGAGUAAUCACCAACAAUUGUCCCGUCAUGAUCAUCACUGAAUACAUGGAGAACGGCGCCCUGGACUCCUUCCUCAGGCAAAACGAUGGUCAGUUCACCCCGAUCCAGCUGGUGGGGAUGCUUCGGGGCAUCGCCUCCGGUAUGCGUUACCUUGCAGAGAUGAAUUACGUUCACCGGGAUCUGGCAGCACGAAACAUUUUGGUGAACAGUAACUUAGUUUGCAAAGUGUCGGAUUUUGGAUUGUCCCGAUUCUUGCAAGAGGGAUCCACUGACCCGACAUACACGUCCUGCCUGGGCGGUAAAAUACCGAUCCGAUGGACAGCACCAGAAGCCAUUGCCUUCCGCAAGUUUACUUCAUCCAGUGACGUCUGGGGCUACGGCAUAGUCAUGUGGGAGGUCAUGUCCUUCGGAGAACGUCCAUACUGGGACAUGUCCAACCAAGAUGUCAUAAACGCCAUAGAACAGGACUACCGGCUGCCCGCUCCUCCCGACUGUCCGUCCGCUCUUCACCAGCUGAUGCUGGAUUGCUGGCAGCGUGACAGAGCAUCCCGUCCUCGAUUUACCGAGAUUGUUAGCGCUCUGGACAAACUCAUCCGCAACCCGGCGAGCCUGAAAAUCACUGCGCGGGAGCUGCCGGGAUCCUCGCAGCCGCUCCUCGACCAGCGCACUCCUCACUACUCCUCCUUCUCCUCAGUGGGCGAGUGGCUCCACGCCAUCAAGAUGGGGCGAUACGAGGACGGGUUCAGGAAUUCGGGAUUCACAACCUUCAGCCGAGUGCGACAGAUGACCACAGAGGAUCUUCUGCGGAUUGGGGUCACCCUGGCCGGACAUCAGAAGAAGAUUCUGUCAAGUCUUCAGCAGAUUGUUCCGGCGGAGAAGGUUUCCGGAGGCUCCGCACCGUUCUACUGACCGUCUGCACCAGGACUAUAUGACAUUACCAAGACUAUGAGCCAUCGGUCGUCAUGACACGGGCACCAUCUCUUAUCUCUGUGCCAAUAGCCGACCCCGGAGGCUGCUUUAUUGACCAUUCCUGUGUGCCAACAGCUGGAGACCACCCAGCGGGCCCCUGGAGACGCCCAAUAUAGACUCCAGCCAUUGACCAUUCCUCUGUGCCAACAGGUGGUCUUAGAACCUACCAUGACCAGGAGCCGGUCCUCAGACUGACCACUGCUGCACUGUGGCCUUUUUUGACCUUUGACUCUCAGCUGUGACCCCCGCCCCCUCCUCCUGACCUACAGCUGAUGAAGCCCGAUCACUAGUCCAUUAUUAUUGGAGACUCUUCCUGGUGCCUUCUGUGUCGCCGUCCGCGGAGUCGGUGUAUAGAGUAAACGGCAGACAGGGCGCCCCCGUAUAGCACUGUGAAUAUUGUUGCGCUGACACAGAACUGUACAGUACCUGUAUAUAUCUGUAUAUGCCGCCAUGUGGAGAUUACCAUUGUUUUUGUUCUGCAUUUUUAUAUUAAAUUAUUUGAUAAUAAAAGAUCAGC